UCUAAACACAUCGUCAAAAUUUGCUGCAAAUAUUUCCUCGUUCUCCGCGUUAAAUUUUUAGUAUUUUACAAUUACAAGAUUCUAUAAUUAACGUUUUAGUAUUUCUUACUGAUAAUAGAAUCGAGUUUUGCUAAAGCGCGCAUUCCCGUCGGUAUUUGACCCGCGCACUGAUCGCACACAGCUCUAAAAAUCUAAUUCCUGUUCGUGUCCCUGUUAAUGCGUUUUUCUCAUUCGAUGUGUAUUGCGUAAACAAUAACACAGGCGCGGUAAUUACAACGACACUGAUAAAUCAAACCUAGUAUGUUUGGAAAGUUAUUGCAGCACAGUUUUCGCAUUUUCAUUCUCUCGGCGAAAUCCCAGGCCCGUAGCAGUGCAAGAGUGCGUCGAUACGGAAAAAUGUCCAAGCCGACAAUCUAUCUCACACGGAAGCUAAAUUCGGCAGCAAUGAAGCGUUUGGAGGAACAAUGUGUUGUCGAAUUGUGGGAAGGGCCGGACCCAGUACCGCGCGAAACCCUCCUGAGCAAUAUUGCCAAUAAGAAGGGCCUUUGUUGCUUGCUUACCGAUAGAAUUGACCAGGAGGUGCUGGAUGCUGGAACAGACUUGAAGGUGAUUUCCACCAUGUCAGUGGGUUUCGACCACUUAGACCUCCCAGCCAUUCGAGCGAAAAAUAUUAGGAUAGGCUAUACACCGGGUGUCCUGAAAGAUGCCACCGCUGAGCUCACUAUGUGCUUGAUUCUGGCCACUGGACGCCGAUUGAUGGAAGCCAGCAAAGAGGCUGCAACCGGAGGAUGGUCUUCAUGGUCACCGUUCUGGAUGUGCGGUAUGGGUUUGCUUGGUAAGACCGUUGGAGUUGUAGGCGCGGGCGCAGUCGGCUCCGAGGUAAUGCGACGUGUUAAACCCUUUCGACCCAAGGAUUUAUUAUAUGUCAACCGAACUCCCAGACCUGAUCUUGAAGAGGAACUGGGCGCAAAACAGGUCGAAUUAGAUGAGUUGCUAGCGACGAGCGACUAUGUCGUCGCUUGCACGUCGUUGAACUCGGACACGCAGGAGAUGUUCAACGAGGAAGCCUUCAGUAAAAUGAAGAAGACUGCUAUAUUUGUGAAUAGUGCACGAGGCGGGGUUGUGGACCAGGACGCAUUGAUUAAAGCGCUAGAAAAUGAAACAAUUGGAGCAGCCGGAUUGGAUGUUACCACGCCGGAACCACUUCCGCUAAGCAGUCCACUUUUCAAGAUGAAAAACUGCGUUAUACUUCCGCACAUCGGUAGUGCGACGUAUACCACCCGCUAUGCAAUGGCGAUGCUCGCAGUAGAGAAUUUGAUCUGUGGCUUGAAAGGGGAGGAAAUGCCAGAGGAAUUAAAAGCUAAAUAAUAUUCUAUUAUGAUUUUUUAUCGGUUUGAUUUAACUCGAAGUAAAAUAAAUUGAAGUAAACAUAA